AUGGCGUCCAACUACCAAGAAAGCCUGGCGGAGGAAGCCACCGGACAGAGUGUACUUCCUCUGUCGCGAAUAAAGAAGAUUAUCCAGCUGGACGAGGACAUUGCGCAAUGCUCACAUAAUGCGACGUUUCUCAUCGCAAUCGCCACGGAAUUAUUCAUACAAUACAUAGCCGAGCAAGGGUACAACGUUGUCAAAUCCGAACGAAAACCCCGAAAGACCAUCCAAUAUAGAGAUCUCGCAACGGCCGUUUCACGCAUCGAUAAUCUCGAAUUCCUCGCGGACGUCAUACCCAAGACCACAACCUAUCGCCAAUUCAAAGAGAAAAGAGCUCGCGAGGGCGCGCAGGACCUGCCUAUCAUCGAAAAGGGACAGACCACUCUGAACGGAGCCAGUGCCCCAGUGCAGAACGGCGCCAACAACCUCCCAGGAGACCAGAUUCUCCUGCCGUCACGUAUAAACGGGAGCAAUAACGCGGCACCUCCCCCGGCCGAGUCGCCCAUGCCCACGGUGUCGAUGAUGCUUGGGCGCACGGUGGAACCGGAAUUGGGCUCUAAUAAAGAAGUUGAGAUGACGGGGUAG